AUGACCUGUCCGUUGUGUGGUCUGGAGCUUCGACAGAAUCUUCUUCUGACAUCGCUAGCCAUCACGGUAUGCUCUAAUGAGCAAUGUAUCUACCCAUUUAACAUGUCGAUGGAGCAGAUACAACAAAAAAGGUUGAUGACAAAAACCAGUGAGAGGGAGAUAAUGGGGAAAAUGCUUCCAAAAUUGGCAGGGGCGCAAGUGGAUGAGAAGGUCGCCUCGUUUAUGGUGAAGGAAGACGAUCUCAUGGAAUAG